CAGCCCCGAAUCCUAUCCGCCUAUGGUUGCGAGUAUGUCCCAUUCAAGUCGGGCGGAUCCACAAAUAAAUGCGCAUAGGAUCGGGCUUGUUUCUGUUGUGUAAAAUAAAAAUAGCUUCUCUUGUCUUCCCUUUUCUUCAACCAUCGGGGAAAAGCCCCCUGCCCCGCAGUAGUGGAAAGAUGGAGGCACAGAAUUACACAGCGCUUGCUGGUUCCGCAUUGAGGCUACUCGAGUUCAGUGUGGUGCAAGCUGAACCUUAAGGCUGCAGUCUUGGGACAGUAUGCUCUGUCGAACAGUGGGGCUUCCUCCCGAUUGCUCGGCACGUCCCCCUGAACUCAGCAUUACUUACUUUUUUUCCCCUAAUAAACGUACGGAAUCGAUCCGCACAGCUCGCUGGGUAAAAAUCUCAAGCUAUCCAAAGUCACCGGCUUGAGCAUUAACUUAAAGUGUGGAGAGGCUUAACUGAAGAAGCAGAGGGUUUGAGAGGUGGAAGAGGCUGGGCAGUUAAUGCGGCCAGCAGCAAAACCUCCUUUUCCUCGCUUUGGCGGGCAUCCAAAGGAAAGGAGUAAGGCAAAUGAAGGCGAGCGCCUUGUGCUGCGUCAGGCCGGCCCUCCCCUUGCCAGGCACAGCGGAGUGCUGCAAGCGGGGAGUUUGCGGCUGUGUGUCAAAGGACGAGAAACUGGCUUGGCCAAUCGUAUCACAAGACCUUGAGCGGCUGCCAAGUCUGAACUAGUCAGCAGUGGGGCGGUCGCACUGGCUGGGAAAAGGGGGUGGGUGAGCCCUUCUCUUUGGCAACAAGCUCGGUGGCUGAGGAGUUAAACUUUUUCCUUUCACCCCCCCCGUUUGGAUUUACAAACUUUAACACACCCCUGCGGGCAACGGUGGUGCCGUCCCGCCAGUUGCACGAGAGAAGCAUGGCCAGCCGGCCUUUGUUUCCAAAACCUGUUGCGUGGCACAAGGUUCCUUGUCGGGAGGAAGAGGAGGAGUUGUAUGGGCGUCCCUUUUCACUCCCAAGGCCCUUUGAUGCCUCAUGUGUUUCAUUGCGAGCUUCCCAAACGACUCAGCGGGGGUGUGAAACUGGCAGGAAAGCCCAAUGCCAGCGUGUGUUUACUUGAAAACUUCCUAGCCGUGCAAGGAGCUGGGCGGGCUUCGUGCAGCGACGGCGCUGAUCAGCUAGAGAGUGAAGGAGAAGAAACCCAAUCUGGAAAGAGAUUGACCGGGUGGAGGGGGACUCUGUGUACGUCAAUGCUGUCUAGACUUAAGAGUGUAAUCGUAUGUCUUUAUAUCGCCCACCUCCUAUAUUGCAUAAUGCAGCAAAAAAUUGCGCUUUAGUUGUAGACACCGAACUAACAUGCAUUGCUGUUCACUUUUUCUAAAGUAACAAUUGUUUCAUAAUUCACACCUGUGCUCCAGGCACUAUGGAACCCAAGCCUCUGCAUGUUUACUCAAAGGAAGGCCCAUUGAGUUCAACGAGGCUUACUCCUAAGUGUGCACAGGACUGCAGCCUUACUCCAGCAAGUUUUGUGAAGACUUUCAACGCUGCACUGCGCGGUUCAGCAGGUGUAGCCGCCACGCUGCAUUCUUGAGCAAACCGCGUUUGUGCUUUGCCAGUGAUUAACCUCGUGGGAGCUUCCUGUGCGCAUGGCGUUAUAGGAAGCCUUGUGGAAAAUGGACCGCCUAUCGAGCCUUUUGUAUACAGAAUGUAUUGUGCAAAAUAAGCUGGCCUUAAAGGAUAUCUUCCCUAGAGUAUAUUCUACUGAGAAAAGUAACCUUGUAUACUGAUGGCGUAUAGUGACAACGCUUAUAGAGAGGGAACAGUACUUUCUCUAUGUGAGUCAACAAGCCUUCAGCGCGUGCCUAGUACAGCAAGGACCCGGGGGAACUGUUCAGUUUGCGCGGCCUUAAUGCUUCCCCUUCGCUAAUACGACCCUUCCACAGACCUCGCCCUCUUCUUUCUGGACGAGCACUCUAAAUUGCCCCACCUCCCAGCACUCCGGGCCGCUGAAAGAAAAUUGGCGGCGCCCAAUGAGAAAGAGCGUAGAGAAAAGAAGGCAGGGCUAGGAUGGGUGGGAGGGGAACCUCUGGGUGGUGUUGCUGGGAGACCCCGGCCGGGUCAGUGUUCGGUCCCUCCCCGCUGUCUUGGUGUUUAUAUAUGGGGCGUGUACCCCAGUCGCGGAGUUCCAGCAGUUUAGAUACUUGCGGCCGCCGCUUUAGCUGGGCACCCGCUUUCCCACCUCUGUGGGAAAUUGGUUAUAGACGAUUUCAGAUUUUAAGCAAUCAGCCCUUUCCUAUCCAGUCGUGGCUCAUCCAAAGCUUCCGAGGAAAGUGGGAUCUUUCGGUCCUUCCUGCAUUUCCGACCAUUAUAGGAUCUAGAAAUGUCUACAACACUCUUAUCUGCCUUCUACGACAUUGACUUCUUGUGCAAGACCGAGAAAUCUCUGAGCAGCAUGCUGGACAAGAAGGCAGUGGGGAGCCCCGUGGGCACCUCUCCCAGCUCCAACUUCGCGCCGGGCUUUCUGCGGAGACAUUCGACCAGCAACCUGCAGGCUCUGGCUAACGGCAACGCCAAGUUCCCGGCUGGCUCGUCGUCCUCUUCCUUCGGCAACCUUAAGGAGCCUGGCACCGGAGGAGGCGGCGGCGGUGGUGGAGGAGGAGGGAGCAGCAGCCCCACCACUGCCUUACUGAACAAGGAGAACAAGUUCCGAGACCGCUCGUUCAGCGAGAAUGGCGAGCGAAGCCAACACCUCAUGCAGCAGCUCCAGCAGCAGCAAGUGGUGGUGGUGGCGGCGGCUUCAGCGGGGAAGGGCGGCGGCGGCAAUGGAGGAGUGGGAGGCAGCGGAGGGGCGCCCAUAAACUCGACGCGCUACAAGACAGAGCUGUGCCGGCCUUUCGAGGAGAGUGGCGCCUGCAAGUAUGGCGAGAAGUGCCAGUUCGCCCACGGCUUCCACGAGCUGCGCAGCCUGACGCGCCAUCCCAAGUACAAGACGGAGCUGUGCCGCACCUUCCACACAAUCGGCUUCUGCCCUUACGGGCCCCGCUGCCACUUCAUCCACAACGCCGACGAGCGCCGCCCAGCGCCCGCCAACAGCAACGCCAACCCGCCGCCGCCGUCUCACCAGCAGCAGCCUCCGCCUCACCAAUCCAACCCGCCGCCUCAGCCUCACAGCAACCACCACCACCCCCUGCACCCCCCUCACGCAGGCAGCACCGGCGACCUCCGCGCAUUCGCCCCCUCCGCCCGGGACCACCCGCUGGGGGGAGGAGGAGGCUUCGGGAUCCCUCACCCGCGCGGAGGAGGGGAGAGGCCCAAACUUCACCACAGCCUCAGUUUUUCCGGCUUCUCCGCUCAUCACCACGGCGGGGCUGUGGCGGCGGCCCCCGCCGCUACAGCAGCGGCCUUGCUCCUGGAGAGCCCCGGCGGGUCUCGCACGCCGCCGCCGCCCACCUCGGGAGGCUCCUACUGCGACGAGUUGGUGGCCUCGCCGCCCUGCGCCAACAACGCCUUUGCCUUCUCUGCGGGUCAGGAGUUGGGUAGCCUCAUCGCCCCGCUCGCUCUCCACGCCCCGCCGCCCCCUCCUCCUCAGCCGGGCUGCUUCGCCAACGCGGCCGCCACCUUUUACCGUUGCCAUCAGCAGCAAGGCGGUGUCAGCGGGGCAGGAGGAGGCGGGAGCUGCUGCCCGCCGCCCGGCCCUCCCUCCUCGCCUCCUUUCACCUUCCAGCCUUUGCGCCGUCUCUCCGAGUCGCCCGUCUUCGACGCCCCUCCGAGUCCUCCGGAUUCUCUUUCCGAUCGAGAGAGUUACCUAAGCGGCUCCCUCAGCUCUGGUAGCCUCAGCGGUUCAGAGUCCCCCAGCCUAGACUCGGGCAGGCGCCUGCCUAUCUUCAGCCGCCUUUCCAUCUCCGACGACUAAGGGGGCAGGCUAAGUAAGUGGGACUGGGGGGACUGGACAGGGGCAGAAUACUCCCUAAGUUGUCAAUCUUUGGGGACCCCGUUACUGGUUGAGGGGUCCCCUCACUGGGGCAGUUCCCCCCCCCUUUUUUCCCAUAUCAUCUUAUUUCCCUGCCUUCUCACCAGGAGCAGAGACUGCAGCAGCCCCCAGAUAACUAGCUAAGCUCGCACAGACCCUUUUCUGUUUUGUUGCUUUCCCCCCUUUUCAGUGUGUGUGGUUUUUUUUUUUUUUUUUUUUUUUGAUGAGAGAAAAAAUCCUUUUGAUUGCUGAGCAAAUUCAGAGAGGAGACAGCAAAAGAAACUUUUUUUCUUUUUACCAUGAGUUGAACAAAAAGGAAUCAAUUUGCAAAGGAGCAAAUGAUGUCAUCAAGAGAACAAUCUUAUUUUUAUACCUAAAGAGACUGGAAGGAGAGGGUUUCCUCUUUUUUUUUCUCCUUUUUCCUGUUUUUAUUUUAUUUUUGAGACUAGUUUAUAAUGUGCACCACCAGCAGCAGCCAUUCCAUCUUCAAGUGUGUAUGUGGGGAGGGGAGGAGACAAAGGGUAAAAUAAGCAUUAGUAAAAACAUCUACCCAAUCCUACUCCCCAGGAAUCAACAAUCAAUCUGGAGGCCCAUGAACUUUGCAUUCCAGGUCCCUCCAGAUUUUUGUACAACAAAAAGAAUAGUACCUAAGGAGUGUGGUUUUUUUGCCUUUCAAUCAAAUUUAAAGUAAAUAUACAAAAUGUAUAAGCUUUUAAAAGAAAAAUCCAACAUCGUGCCAAGAAUAUGCCUUGAUAACACUCUAGUUUUUUAUAUAUAUCUAUAUAUAUUAUAACAUGCUAAAACUUCCAUUCCAAAGUUUAAUAUUGGUUCCAUUGCCACCACUUAGUGGAUGUUUGGCUUAGAACAAUUUUUUUUUGCUUUAUUUGGAAGCAUUCAACUGAAUUUAGUUUGUAAUUGUUGGCGAAUAACUGCUGAUUUUUUAUUUUUUUUUAGCUGAGUUGAUUGCUCAAGUCACUGCACAACUCAAUAUGAAACUAUUUAACUUAUUUAUUAUCUUGUGAAAAGUAUACAUUGGUAAUUUGUUCAUACUGUAUUUAUCGGGUAUGAUGAAAAGCAAUAGAUAUAUAUUCUUUUAUUAUGUUUAAAUUAUGAUUGCCAUUAUUAAUCGGCAAAAUGUGGAGUGUGUUCUUUUCACAGUAAUAUAUGCCUUUUUGUAACUUCACUUGGUUAUUUUAUUGUAAAUGAGUAAAAUUCUUAAUUUAAGAGAUUGUAUGUAAUAUUUAUUUCAUUAAUUUCUUUCCUUGUUUACGUAAAUUGAAAGAUUGCAUUGGCUUUUUUUAUAGAAAUCUGACUCAAUGCUAUGGAAGUAGUUGAGAAAUUUCAAUGGGUUUUUAGAAUGUACAAUGGUUGUAACCUGUCCAAGCAUAAACCUACUUUGCAAUCAAUUUAAAGUGGCAAACCUAAUUCAAACUUUUAAAAUUAACCAAAAAGUAUUCAUGUUGCCUGACGUCACCAAUCACACUGUGAUAGUUUCAAAGUAUGUAGCAAUAAAGAGGGUGGGGGGUGGGAUCCCAGUAUUAUGUCUCACAGUGCCUUCGUAAGGGUCCAUGCUUGCCUUAAAUCUUCCUCAACCAAAUAAGUAUUUUUCUUAAUGCUUGAGAAUUUGAAUGUAGGGCUGGGUUUUUAACUACAAGACGUUGUACCACUCAUUUUAUAAGUCAGAAGGCCACCUUUUGGAUCCGAAACUGUUUUGUGUUCAUGGUCAUUCAAGUUCCAAAACGUAACUUUUUUGUUUAGAAAGUCAGGAGUUACACAGAACUUAAAUGGAGGGUGGAUGAAUGAGCAGUACCUUUUUUUUAAAAUGUACAUAGGUACAGGUUCAGCACUAUGUACUCUUUGGACUACUUUAACAGAAGUAUGUUUUGAAUGUAACUAGAAGAUAAGUCAACUUGAGUUGUAAUAUAUUUUGGAGAGUCAGUUCACUACAAAUUUGGAGUGCGAGACUGUAAACUUUGUACUGUAAAUGUUUUGUAGUUCUCCCAAUAAAACUCUUGAGGGAAAAAAAUCCCAAGCUAUUAAA